GCUCUGUUGCCACUUUACUAGAUCACAGAAUCUUCUUCAACCUUUACCUCAACCUCCAUUAGACUAUUUAGAGGUCAAUCCCAAAAUCAUACAAGAGAAAAAAUGGAUCCAACCAUGACCAGCCCUUCAGGUAUCACUGACUUUGUUAUAAGCAAAGGCAAUGGAGUUAAGGGUCUUUCAGAAAUGGGUCUCAAAAGCCUCCCAAAGCAAUUUAUCCAGCCCCUUGAAGAGAGAAUUAGCACAGCAAGUUUUGGGAUAAAAAACUCCGAAGAGUCUGUUCCCAUCAUCGACAUGUCAAACUGGGACGACCCGAAAGUUGCAGAAGCUAUUUGCAGUGCAGCAGAGAAGUGGGGUUUUUUUCAACUUGUCAACCAUGGGGUGCCCAUUGAAGUGCUUGAGAAUGUGAAGGAGGCAACUCAUCGCUUCUUUGAGUUGCCAGCUGAGGAGAAGAGUAAGAAUUUGAAAGCGCAUUCGCGUUCGAACAAUGUCCGGUUUGGAACGAGCUUUAGCCCUCAAGCAGAGAAGGCUUUGGAGUGGAAAGAUUACCUUAGUCUCUUCUAUGUUUCUGAGGAUGAGGCCUCUGCACUUUGGCCUCCUGCCUUGCUUGCAAGUGGGGAGAAAGCACUGUAUAAGAAAGUUCUGUAUUCUAAUUAUGUCAAGCAUUUCUUCAGCAAGGCUCAUGAUGGGAAGAGUACGAUUGAGUUUGCCAAAAUUUGAAGUUUUACUUUAUAUGUGCUAUAUGGGAAUGCUAUGUUGUGUGAAUAAGCUUAGUGAUCAAGGUCUUAGAAAUAAAAAU